GGGGGAUGUCGAGGGGCUCGAAAGCGGUGCUGGGCCUGUCAGUGCUGCUGACGGCGGCCACCGUGGUUGGGGUGCAUCUGAAGCAGCGGGAGGACCAGCAGAGACUUCGUGAUGGAGUGAUCAGAGAUAUUGAGAGGCAAAAUCGGAAAAAAGAAAAUAUCCGACUGUUGGGAGAACAGAUUAUUUUGACUAAGCAACUUGAAGCUGAAAGAGAAAUGAUAUUUAAAAAGGGAUCUCAGAAAACAUGACUUGACUAUGAAAUGUUGAUGGGACAGACAUUGCUGAGCGUGUGUUUUGUCCAGAUGGUGAAUAGUUUAAUGGCAUCUUCAAUGUUUUUUGGGUCACUAUCCAUUUAAACUCGGUUAAAUAAAGAACAAUGGAUCCUAUAUUUUAAAUUAA